AAAUCUGAAUCAAUUUAGGCCAAAUGUUUUUUUUUUAUUAUAUCAAUCAAUUAAUUAGUUAAUCAAUUUAGUUGCAAGGCAGACUCAGGGUAAAACAGAUAUCAAUAAAGGAUUUUAUUUUGAAGGUUUCCAGCGGAAGUCGUCCUGCUUAUCGGUCCCAUAGAGUCCUAUCUAGCUUUAACUGUGUAGUCAGUCCCUCAGUGACAGAUCAGAGUAUCAGGGUUAGUGAGGAUCCUCCGGCCUCUGUUAGCUCCUUCAUGACUCACUGAGGACACCACAACUGUCAGAUCCAACAUGAGGCUGCUGCCGGUGGUUGUUACACUGUUACUGACGGUGGCUGUGGCUUAUUAUGUUUACACCCCGCUGCCUGAUGCCAUCCAGGAGCCGUGGAAGCUGAUGAUGCUGGAUGCUGCGUUCAGGACCACCAUGCACCUGAGCCGUUUGCAGGCUUGGCUGGGCUCUGACCAUUACAUCAUAUCAGUGAGGCAGUCCACAGAAGGUUUCGAUGGCCUGAUGGUUGGGCUGCGUGGUUCUGAGUCCAGCGGAGGGGUCAUGCUCGGAGUGAAAGUCAGCGACAUGACUUUCGCUGGUGUCCCAGUCCGAGUGUACGAGCCCCCGGCUGGAGGGGAGGGUCAUCUGAGGAGAGGGUUGUUGUUUUUCCACGGAGGAGGCUGGGCGCUUGGUAGUGGCAAGAAGGGGGCAUAUGAUAGCCUCAACCGGAUGUUGUCCGACGAGCUCAACACCGUUGUGGUCUCCGUUGAGUAUCGUCUGUAUCCAGAGGUGCAUUUUCCAGAGCCGUAUUUAGACUGCCUCGCUGCCGCCAAGCACUUCUUAUCCCCAAAGGUUCAGGCCAAGUAUGCGAUCGACCCCGAACGUGUGGCCGUGGCAGGUGACAGUGCUGGGGGAAACCUGGCUGCUGCGGUCGCUCAAGAGAUUUCCUUAGAUGACACUAUGAGUGGGAAAUUCAGCGUCCAGGCAUUGAUCUACCCAGUGCUCCAGACUCUGGACUUCAACACACCCUCCUACCUGCAGAACCAACAUGUGCCCAUCCUCUACCGGUCCGUCAUGGUCAACUUCUGGCUGCAGUACCUCGGCGCUGACCUCUCUCUGCAGUCCCAGUGGCUGGCAAACAACCACAGCUCAAACAUCACCCCAGAGCUGAGGGCGCGGGUGGACUGGACCGCCCUCCUGCUCCCGAAACACAAGAAGAACUACAAGCCUCUGAUAGUGGAGAAAAGUUCACAGGGGGCAGUGAAGGAGGUGCCGGGGAUGCUGGAUGUGAGGGCGGCGCCGCUGUUGGCAGGACCUGAGGUUUUGGCGAAAUGCCCCCGAGCUUACAUCCUAACAUGCGAGUAUGACGUGUUGAGGGAUGAUGGCCUGAUGUACGCGCGGAGGUUACAGGACGCAGGUGUCACAGUUACCGUCGACCACUAUGAGGAAGGCUUCCACGGAUGUUUAACCUUUGUAAAAUGGCCUUUUGAAUUUGAUGUAGGGAAGAGAGCACUUAGAGGUUACCUCAACUGGCUGCAGAACAACUUGUAAGAGUGUGUAUGUGUGUGUGCAAGUGUGUGACGGUGUCUUUAUGGAUGCAUGUGUGUGUGUGUCUCAGUGAUACAAAUGCAGUGAUCAUUGCUUCAUGAAUCACAGACUUGCCAAGGGCUGAUACAUCUGCUCUUUGUUUAAAAAUCAAAGCUCAGGGGCCUCAUGUACCUGCGUAACAUUUAAGGUCUAUUAACACUGUAACAUGCUGGUAGUGGAGAGGGCAAAUAUGUGAACAUUACCAACACUGUCACCAGCUAAUAAAAAUGCCUAAUAGAUACACAGCCAUAAGCUUUCUACUAAUGGUUAAACUAAUCAGCUGCUUCCACUGAGAGGAACCACAUCAGAACACUGAUUCUCAUCCAUACCACAAACAUAUGAGCAGUGUAUUUCACAAGGCUUGUAAUUGGUUUUAUACUUCACUUUUAUUUAAAAGUAUAAUAAAUUAAAACCCCUGAUCAGAAGGUCAUGUCAGCAGUGGUUUAAACUGUCUGUAGCACUUUCUUUUCCUCAAAAAAACAGUAAUUAUGUUACUUGGUAAGUUACCUUUUGUCCUGAUUCGCAAUAAAAUUUUAGUUAUGUUGCCUUUAGUGACCCCCUGACCUUCUCUGUGGGGUCACCACAAAGUUGUGGUUUUAAAUGAAAUGUAUUUCCAGUUAAGGGGUGGACCGUCAUUUUGGUAAUACCUUAAGACAGCGGUUCCCAACUUAUUUAGCCAUGGGGUCCAGAUUUCUUCUUAGUCAUUGGUUCAAGGUCCAUUCAGUGUCAUACUUGCGUUUGGCCAUGUCGUUAAGCUAGUUUGCUGUCUAUCAAGUAGCUGUCUGUUAAUCAGUUACUCUGCAACAGGACACAACAAUUCACUGUACUUAAAAAUAAAUUGCGUUUUGCGAGUGAACCUGCGACCCACUUUUGGACCAUGACCCACCAGUUGGGAACCACUGCCUUAAAGGGACAGUUCUCACCCAAAUCAGAAAUACAUUUUCCUGUUACCUGUAGUGCUGUUUAUCAGUCUAGAUUGUUUUGGUGUGAGAUGCAGAGUGUUGGCGAUAUCGGCCGUAGAGAUGCCUGCCUAUGUAAUGGAACUAGAUGGUGCUCAAAGCGCAAAAAAAAAAAACAACAUUUGAAAAACUCAACAGCAAUGUUUCUUUGCAGAAAUCAUGACCCGGUUACACAAGAGAAACCACAGACCUUGUUGUGAGCAGUUUCAUGUAGGAACUAUUUUCUUCUCACCAAACUAGACCCGCUAACUAUCACUGCGCAGAAGGAAGGGUGCAUCUACUGCUAGCUCACCUAGCACUGAAUUAGCUAAUGUUACAGCUCAGCCAAGGAGGACGCCAUCAAUGUUAACAUCUUGUGCAGUCACAAGCCUCUCACCAAUGAGUUGUUGCAUGCUACUACCUUCUGUGUGGUGAUACAGUUGGCAACUCACACCAAAACAAUCUAGAUUGAUAUAUCGCACUGCAUAUAAAAGGAAAAAUAUGCAUCUUAGAUUUUGGGGAGAACUCUCCCUUUAAUUUUUCAUCCAGUCUGUUACAGUCUGGUUAAAAUUAUAACUUGUCCAAAACUUGGUUUCAGUCCAAAUACCUGCAAAAGUAAUGACAUUCCCAUGAGCCUCAGCUGUACUUUUUAUGUUUAGUUGUAAUUCUUAAAUGUUAGCAUGUUAACACGCUAAACCAAGAUGAGGAUCAUCUGCUUAGCAUCAGCACUUCCGUAUUGUCACUGUGGGAAUGUUAGCAUGCUGAUGUUAGCACUUAGCUCAGUGCAGCCUCACACAGCCACUUGCAUAGAUAUUGACCUUUGUUGUGGUACGAAAGGACAAAGUUCACAUCAAUGGGACAGAUAUUUGUAAAUUAUGUUUUUUAAAUGGCGAUUUCAUGACAUGUCUUGUGGGCUUUUGUGUGUUUGCCCCGCCAUCUUGUGUUCCCUGUACUACAAGGCGGCGAUGUCUUCCUCGACAGACGAUGCUUGACAAUCAUUAAAGAAAUGCACUGUUAAGUUGAAUUUCAUUCCGUUUAUUAUUGACGUGGUGGACAUUCUGCGUGUCCCGAUAUGCCCUUGGUUUGCUAUGGAUUUAAUGUUUUGUGAUUUAAAUGUCUGAUACUUGUGGAACAUGAAUAAAUCGCUGAAGUUA